GACGAAACUCCUCAAAAACCAGCAGCAGUAGCAGUACAGCGACAGCCCACCUGCCAGGCACUGCCAGUCGACCAAACACGUCACACCUGUCCCGCCGACCUACCUACCCACUGCGGGCACUGCCCACAGCAACCUGAGGCUUGCGAGCACACGACUGCCCAAGCCAAGGAAGCUUCAGAUUGGCAGCGGACUACCUCAUCUCUUUGCUGUGACCUGUUGGUAUUUCUUCCUGCCUCCUUCACACCUGAACCAUUAUUUUUCCGCCAAGCUCCGGCACCAUCGCCAACAUCAACCCAACAUCAAUUCACAAGACGACAGUCGCGCACUCGGUCGCAAUACUACAUUCAGUCAUUAUACCAAGACACUGAUCCGAACACGAGAACUCGCGAUUCCCCAUCACAACCGUCAAGAUGACGCUUUACUACAGUUUGGUCUUCAUGCUCCUAGUAGCAGAGAUGUCCAUCUUCAUGCUGCUUAUAGUUCCUCUACCCUUCACCAUUCGCCGGAGGCUGUUCACCUUUAUCUCGGAAAAUCCAAUCAUAGCCAAGCUACAAUAUGGUCUGAAGAUCACGUUCAUAUUCAUCCUCAUCCUGUUUAUCGACAGCGUGAACAGAGUCUACCGUGUGCAAGUCGAGCUUGCCGCUGCCACAGAUGCCUCCAAGGGCAACGCUGCUGCCAUCAUGGGUCACGAGCGUCUCGAAGUCCAGGCUCGCAAGUUCUACUCCCAGCGCAACAUGUACCUUUGCGGCUUCACCCUCUUCCUCUCCUUGAUCCUUAACCGCACCUACAUUAUGAUCCUCGAGGUCCUCCGUCUCGAGGAGAAGCUCAAGAAGUUUGAGGGUACCGACAAGGACACCAAGCAGUCCGAGAAGCUCGCCAUGGCCGGCGAUCCUGGUGAGAUCUCCCGUCUCAAGCGCGAGAUCCAGCUCCGCGACCAGGACAUCGAGACCCUCAAGAAGCAAUCAGCCUCUCUUCACCGCGAGUACGACGAGCUCGCUGAGAAGUACGGCCGCACCCAGCAGGAUGAUGUGCCUAAGAAGAUGAAGUAAACGGGGACCACGCUUUCCUCGGAACCUAAACGAACUUUUGCUCUUUCGUAAUAACACAGAACAUCAUGAGCACAACGUCGAGACUUUGUCGCCUGACGCAGUGUGGACCUCGAAAGAUGGAUCAUGGAAGAGGGAAGGGAGGUAGAGGGACAAUGAUAACUACCAUCGUUCUAACAGGAGUUGGGUGUAUGGUCAUACAUACCGUGGCGGAGAUUCAAAAGGGAUGCUCGGUUGUUCGCCAUCGAGCAGGUUGUGCGUCUACAAGGAGUUUGAUAGCUUGUUAAGUAUACCGUGAGAAUGGACUUCGGAAACCGCUACUUUCAUACCCCGGAUGUCGAAUUGGUAGAAGACUGAGAAUGGAACAGAACGAGGUUCUUUUUGCUUGAUUUUGUGUUGGUACAACCAUCUCCUGUCCAUUUCAAGUCUAAUAUGUGUCAGCACUGAUCUAUAUCCACCUACCUUGUAUUACAAAGUCAUACAUAUCUGUUUCCACAAUAGCCACUUCCAGCACCUCCACAGGUUACGCUGCUCAUGUCCUCCCAUAAUCUAACAAAUCAGGAAACAGUAUUCCAUUAGCC